UCGGCAGUUCCGGGAAUGCCCAAACCAAUCCCAUAUGCAAAGGGAGGAGCGAAGGUCUGUUUAAGUACCACGCUGGAUGUGAACCUUGACUCAGAAUCACUGUGUGGCCGCCAGAGAAGAAGUCAGACAUGGGACUGCUGCUCCCGAUCAUUCUCGCCUUUCUGGCCGCUGUGAUUGGAGGACUGUACCUCCUCGGGGCAUUUCGCCGGCGGCGCCACGGAGAACCCCCUUUGGAUAAGGGCCCCGUUCCUUGGCUGGGUCAUGUCUUGGAGUUCCGCCGCAACACGCUGAAGUUCUUAGAGAGGAUGAAGGGAAAGCACGGCGACGUGUUCACCAUACAGCUGGGGGGCUUUUACACCACCUUCCUUCAGGACCCGCAGUCGUUCGGUUCUAUCGUCAAGGAGAGUCGGGAGAAACUGGACUUCAAGAAGUUCGCCGUGCAGUUGGUGCGCAGAGUGUUUGGUUAUUCGGCGACUUUGGGCGAACACAACAUCCUCCACAACGCCAGCAGCAAGCACCUGAAGGGGGAUGGCCUGGAGGUGAUGACGCAAUCCAUGAUGGGUAAUUUGCAGAACCUCAUGCUGCACAACAUCGGCUCCUCCGCGGACCAACGCGCCUGGAUUGAGGAGGGACUGUUCAAGUACUGCUACAAUAUAGUUUUUCGGGCGGGCUACUUAUCUCUGUACGGCACCGAGCCGCACGAGUCCGACGGAAGUGAGGAGAAAGCCAAAGAGAAGGACCGAGCCGAGUCCGAAGCGUUAUACGGCGAGUUUCGUAAAUACGACGAACUCUUUCCCAACCUGGUUUAUGGGGUCCUGACACCAAGGAAAAGGUUGGAAGCAAAGAGGCUCAUGGAAUACUUCUGGAACCGCCUGUCAGUGAAGAAGAUGAAGAACAAAGACAACAUCAGCCGCUGGAUUUGGGACAUCCAGCAGGCCAAGGGGGAGCUGGGAAUGAAGGAGUCGAUGAUAAGCCGGUACAUGUUUGUGCUUCUUUGGGCCUCUCAGGGCAACACGGGGCCCUCUUCAUUCUGGCUGCUCUUCUACCUCAUGAAACACCCGGAGGCCUUGGCGGCAGUGAAGGAGGAGGUCGCCGAAGUUCUGAAGGAGUUCGGACAAGAGGCCCGACCCGGGGGCCCUCUGAUCGACCUGACCCACGAAAUGCUGAUGAAAACGCCGGUCCUGGACAGCGCCGUGGAGGAGACCCUCCGCCUCACCGCCGCGCCCCUCCUCACCAGAGCGGUGCUUCAGGACAUGACGCUCAAGAUGGCGGACGGGCGUCAAUACGCCAUACGCCAAGGCGACAGAUUGGCAAUGUUUCCGUACAUCGCCGUUCACAUCGACCCGGAGAUCCACCCCGACCCGCUGACAUUCAAAUACGACCGCUUCCUCAACCCAGACGGGAGCAAGAAAACCGAUUUUUACAAAGCAGGGAAGAAGGUGAAGUACUACAACAUGCCCUGGGGUGCCGGGGUGUCCAUGUGCCCGGGGCGUUUCUUCGCCACCAAUGAGCUGAAACAAUUUGUUUUCCUCAUGCUGGUGUAUUUUGAGUUUGAGUUGGCGAAUCCCGACGAAGAGAUUCCUGAAAUCGAUUUCAGGCGGUGGGGGUUCGGCUCGAUGCAGCCCGAGAGAGACGUUCAGUUCCGAUACAGACUCCGAUAUUAAACCCCCUCGGUCGCCACAUCGAUGAUGUCACGAACACGUUAUCGACGCGGCUUCAAAAUGUGUUGUUUGAAAAUGUUGGUUUUCCAAGGAUGAUGUCAUUUUAUACUACGAGACAUGUCCAAUGAAACACUGGUACGUGUCUCGUAAUUAAUCAAAGCAAGACAAUAAAGAAUGGACAGCUUCAGAUGUUGACGUUCAGAGUGUUGGGGACAUCUCAUUACGUGUCUCCGAGGGGGGGGGAACUAAACAAAUGUUUAAAAAAAGCAGAGAUGCCAUUUACUUUGUUCCUGUUGAACAUGUAUUUCUAUGAAAUAGUCAUCAUGAUGCAAGUUGGGUGGACUUUUGUUUGGGGGGAGGUUUCAAUCUUUCUGUUUGUUUAACCUUAAACCCGCAGAGGGGCCACUGUCACCGAGCUUCAGUUGUGAUGUGAUUUUUAAAAUGUCAAUCAAGUGAGCGAUCUGGUGUUCGGAUGUGAACGCAUGGAGCGUCUCUGGACUGGUUCCACUUCAAGGUCAUGGUUGAGUUUAUUUGAAUGUUUAUCUUGUUCACGUGAUUUUGUAAUAAUGCUUGUUUUUAAGAUUGUAAUAAAGCAUUAUUUGACCCAAAUGAGACCGGAGUAGAAACAACGUACAUUUUCCUUGACCGGGUGAACACACUGUGCUCUAUUUAGUGGUUAAUAAACAUUAUUGUUUUACAAUCGCAUUGCACUAUGACAGUGCAGAGAGAGAGAGAGAGAGGGAGGGAGAGAGAGGGGGGGGGGGACACUACACAGGGAAGAGAAAGAAACAAUGGCUUCUAAAAUAUAAUGUCCCCAUACAGCAACAGUGCAUUGUCAAAUACAUUUCGAGGGAAACAGAUCUGGUCCCUGAUUACGACAGUAGGGAGUGAGUUGAGGUGGACGGGUCAGUGGAGGUCAACCUUGACUUUUUUUAACAAACAUACUCAAUGUAAAACAAACCAUGGUGUUUCCACUUAUCCCUGUAGUUUGGUUGCUAAAACAUAACCAAUCAGUGGUGUUGCUUUGUUUUGGUUUUGUUUCAAUUUACAAAUGUAGUCACAUGUUUAAAAACCACAAACAUGAUCUGGGAACAAUACGUUUCCCUCAUAACUUAGUUGAGAAUACACUCGAACAGAGCUGGGUUUUGUCGUCCAUUUCAUCUGGUUCUAAUUCCUGUAAAGGAGCGCAGAUUAAAUGAAGGUUUAGCAAAACAUCUGGAAGUCUGUAACAUGCUGCUAAAAUAAAACAUGGAAUUACCUCUUC